AUGUCAGAUUUUAGAAACGAGAUACAACAACUCGCCAGGGCUUAUCAGUACAGGCUUCAUCCUUUUGCUCUAAAAAGACUUUCUGACUUCCUAAAAGAACUAGAUUGUGAUAGGGAGACUUCACGAUCUCUUUUACGGGACCUUUUUGUCCUUCUGAAGAAAAAAUGCAUUCAGGACCGCUUUAUUGACCAACUUAAAGUAGAAUCGGUUAUAAGCACACAGAUGAAUCUGAUUAAAGGGGCAGUUGAUAAAGUUACUACCUCAUCGGUGCAAAUAGUUCUACCUAAUCACAUACCAAGGCUAAUAGUGGAUGAAACUACUGGCCAAGUGAAGCCAAUUCAAGGUGUUGUUGAAGGUAAUAGACUCAGUGUAUUAAGGCAACGUUAUCUGAUGGCUUAUCAUCGGUGCCUUCGAAGCGGCAUUUACCGUACUGAGUUGAAGCAGCGUUUCGUGGGUGAAGAACUCUUGCCUUUAGUUCCUACAACGGCUUUGGAGGGAAUCGCCCCUAAUUUACAAAUUGCCGUACUUGGACUGAUUCGAAAACAUGGACAGAAUAUUAUUUUGGAGGAUUUAAAUAACCAGGUUGAGCUACAUCGAUUCCAGUGCAGCAAUUUAAAUCUUCACCAUUUUAUCUGCAGCGGUUUUUUUGUCGUUGUGAUUGGUUUCUUCAACCAUGGCCUAUUGGUUAAGGGUAUUAGCUUACCUCCCCCAGAGAGGCGUGGGUUGACUCGUGCGCUUUUCCCACCGUCAGUCGAUUAUUUUGGGCUUGCACCGUCAAAUUUGGAUCAUGCUAUCGCAUUGGAGAAGUCUUCAUGCCGCUCUGUGAUUCUCUUUCUCGCUCAUGUAUUUUUAGAUAGGCCAACAACUAUGACGCAGCUUGUCUAUUUUUUUGAAAAAAUGCAAGAGCGUGGGGAACAAGAUCUUUUAGAAACCACGUUUGUCUUUAUCGGUAAUUUCACCUCAACACCUCUCUCUUACGGGGAUGUUUCUCAUUUGUUUAAUGCAACCAAUGGUGAGGAAACUUUUCAGCAUUUGCUUGAGAAUUUAGCAACUUGCAUUGUUUCUUCCGCGCCCACAGCAGCACAGCACAGCCAGUUUGUUUUUAUUCCUGGUCCUACCGACUUGACCGCGCUUCAGGGAUUUUUGCCCCAACACCCUCUUACUAAAAGCGCCACCAAAGGGUUAAGAAGCAAGUUGAAAAAAGUUAUUCUAGCACCUAACCCAUGUCGUAUUCGUUUUUUCACACAUGAAAUAAUUCUCUCGCGGAGGGACUACCUUCGCGUAUUUCAUGAUGGUGAGCGAUGCUUUGAUUGGGAGAAGUAUCGCCAUAAUGUAGGAAACGACGACGCGGAACUCCAGGCUACUUCAUUCGAACGAAUUUCCAAAACCCUAAUUGAUGAAGGGCACUUGGCGCCCAGCUUGGAGGAAUCAGUGCUGUGGAAACUUGAUGACGCUUUAAGACUGCCUGUUCUUCCGCAUACACUUAUUUUAUGUGAUUCAACCAUGGAAUGGGAGUGCUAUUACAAGGACGUUCACGUUGUUAAUCCCGGCUCUUUUUCGGUGAACACUACCUUCUUGUGGUAUACCCCUACCGACGGUGAGUGCAUUCUGAGUAAUCUGAAGUGA